CGGCCAUUGUUUUUUGUUCGUGACUCAUUUUCACUUCAUUCGUGAUUCGACAAACGACUUCGCUGCAUUGCGCUUGGUGCAGCUGAUUUUUAUUUAAGACGGGCGUCGUCACAGUUCUUUUUGUGACUGUUUUUGAACGUUAGCGUUUCCUUGUUUGAAGUACUGUGCUUCCACAAUCAUGGCUCGGACUGGAAUAAUUUUGUCUUUAGCGUGUCUAUUUUUAGCAGGCCUGGUUCCAUCAGAAGCACAAAAGGGCGAGGCGGAGCGCGAGACGGUGGUGCGCGUGUCGGCGGGCGCGCCGCUCACGGUGGAGUGCCGGCUGCGGCCAGAGCAGCGCGCCGAGUGGCGGCGCGACGGCGGCGCGCUGCCCCCCGAGAUGCGGCCCGUGGCGGAGGCGCCGGCGCCCGACGGCCGGCUCACGGCGCGCCUGCGGGCCGCGGCCGCGCGCGCGCACCUGGCCGGCACCUACACGUGCACGCCUGAGCGCGACCAGCGCGUGCGCGUGCUGGUGCAGCCGCCUGCCCCCGCCGGCGAGGCGAGCUCGGCCAGCCCGGCGGCGGAGGAGCGCAGCUCGGAGGCGGCGCGCGAGCUGCUGUUCGACGUGCGCUCCAACAUCACGCUGCGCUGCGAGCUGCCUAACGACGGCGGGCUCGCCUACGUGUGGAAGAAGAACGGCACGGCGCUCGAGGAGGUCUGGGAGAUGAAGGAGCGCUACCAGCUGGAUCACGGCGGCGCCGAGUUCAAGGUGGCGCGCGCCGUGGAGGACGACUUCGGCAACUACUCGUGCGCGCUGGCCGGCCAGCCGCAGCAGCAGCUGUGGGACGUGCGCGGCCGCCCGCACCUCAAGCUGCCCGCCAACAGCAACGUCGUCGAGGGGCAGAAGCUUAAGCUCACUUGCCGGGUGAUCGGCAAGCCGUACCCGCGCGUGCAGUGGAGCUACUCGAACGCGACGGACGAGGAGGGCAACUUCACGGACGUGGCGGCGCUGGGCGCGCGCGUGUCGCUGGGCGCCAGCGAGCAGGGCGUGCCCGACGGCGCGCUCGUGCUGGAGGCGGCGGCGCGCGCCGACGCGGGCCGCUACCGCUGCGCCGCGCCGCGCGCGCCCGCCGCCGCGCUCACCACGCUGCGCGUCAAGGACAUGUACGCGGCGCUCUGGCCCUUCCUCGGCAUCUGCGCCGAGGUGUUCGUGCUCUGCGCCAUCAUCCUCGUCUACGAGAAGCGCCGCACCAAGCCCGACCUCGACGACUCCGACACCGACAACCACGACCAGAAGAAGUCGUAAGUCUUCGGAGCCGUCCACAGCAGAGGGAGGCGGAGCGGCUAGAGGGGGGAUGGGGUAGAUGGCCAGCAGCGACGACGCAGUGAUCUGCUGCGUAAUUGCAAUAUCGAGAUUUUUUCAGUUAUAAUGAAGUACCAAAAAUUAUAAGAUUGUUAUUUAGUUAUAAAUAUGUAUAUUGUGCGCGCCAGCUGCUCCGUAGACAACGUCCCCGCCGGCCUCCAACCGAAUACCCUUUUGUUUAACUCGUGUAAAUAAAAUCAUUGUAAUAUAUUUUAUCUUUAUCUUUCUUAAUCAAAACAUAUAAUCUAUAAAGAUAUUCAAUCGUCAGCUUACGUUGUUAUCGGUUUCACAUUAGUGUACUUAAUAAUAUAUUUUGCUCGAGUUAUUUGUUGUAUUUUUAUUAAUUAACAUUUGAAUCUUAUAUAAAAGUUUGAAACACGGUUAAUGUUGCUGUUCGACCUUGCGAAUGUUGUCUCAGAGAUACGACGCGAUCGCUUAAGACGGGGAAUUCACCUGUUUAUUUAAAGAAAUCUUAUUUUAUCUGAGCGUUUGUGAUUUUGUUAUCGACAAGAACUUAUUUAUGCCAUUGUUAUACGAGCAAAUAAAGCAAGUGUUGCGUUAUCGUGAUUGCCAUCUUAGAACGCAGUACGUUUAGACUAAUUUUAGGAUAAACUUGUCGAAUAGGAAUUAAAAAAUAAGUAAAGAAACUAGAUGAGUAGCGAACGCAAUAGCUUCGAACCGCUUGUGUUGAGCCGCUUGUGAGACGGCGAGUAGCAACACUUCCAUAGAACCUGUCGUGUGAUGAGACGCUGUGAUUAAACCACCAAUAAAGUUACAAUAACCAA